AAUCUGCCAGAUCAAUACUUUAACUGGCUUUACAUGUUAACACACACACAGAGACACACACAUCAUCCUCAGGAUUUUACUUCUUGGGUCAUCGUCUCACUCACGUCCUAACACACACACACACACACACACACACACACACACACACACACACACACACACACACCAUGUCACUGUGAUAACAUGGAGCAGCUUAAUGUUUAGCCCAGGACACACACACACCAGACACAAACGCACACACACGGGGAAGCAGAGGGAUUACAGACACACACACACACACAGACACACACACAGACACACUUGCAGCUCAGGGAUGGAGGCGAGAGAAGUUCCUGCGAGGAGAAAACCAGGUGAUACUCGAACAGUCUCUGAAGUUAAAAAUGGCGCCCCAGAGUGGUUACAUGACCACACUGAUGAUGAUGAAGGCGGUCGUCCUCCCUCGGCGGCGGUGCGUCUCUACGUGUACGCGCUGCAUGGUUGUCUCUGUGAGGUGGUCUUCACGGCGCUGUGGGAUGGGCUUGGCUCUGGGGACUUCAGGCUUGGGGGGCACAGCAGUCUGUGGGCGCUGCCCAUGUACGCUUGCGCCAUCUUUGUUAUCGAGCACCUAAGGUUCCGCCUCCUGGCUCGGGACUGGCCUCUGAGUGCCCGUCUCACCGCUUACACUCUGUUCAUCUACCUGUGGGAGUUCAGCUGGGGGGCGGGGCUCAGCUUGCUGGGGGCGUGUCCCUGGGACUACUCAGGUUACAGGUUUAACCUGAGAGGACUGGUGACACUGGAGUACGCUGUUUUCUGGGCGUUGGCGGCAUUUAUCGCAGAGCAUCAUGUGAUCAAGAACACGCUGAAGAUGAGACUGAAAGACUGACCUGAGAUCAGCCUAAACUACGAACAGAUAAUACACGGAUGGACUUCACUUUAAUGAGAUGUUUAUUAUCGUUUGAUAUUUAAAGGAUGGACAGACGACGGGCUGGAGAAGAAGUGGGCGUGGCCACCGUGACUGCUGUGACGUCACACAUUGAUCUGUAGCCUUAAGACUCAAUUUGAGAUUUUUGUCAUCACUCUCUUGUUUUAGGAACCAGAAAUGACCAUAUUUGGUCGACAGGAUACACAUAGUUACUUUUCCAUCCUGUUGACGGGUCACCAUGGUUUCCAUCUGUCAAUCACAGGUAGCCCCGCCCUAAGUCCUCCAA